AUGGGGGGCGGGUACUCGGGCGCUGCUGCGUGCGGCGUUGCUGCUGCUGCUGCUGCUGCUGCGGGAGCAGCAGCAGCAGCAGCAAGCCGCCUUGCUGCUGCUGCGGGUUUGCUGCCGUUUUUAAUUAAAUUAAGAGUUGCUGCUGAAGCAGCAAAACUUGCUGUUGCAAAACCCAAAGAAGAUCUCCACGUGGCCACUCUCAGCGAGCUCUUUGCAGAGCAGCAGCUGCAGCGCAUGCGCAGCUGCAUGUUGUGCGCAGGGGAGGAUGAAGAGGGCAGAGAGGUGCUGCAGAAGCGGCCCCUGCUGGAUGAGCGGUUUUUAAACUUCGAGGGUUUGCGGCGUUUGCCAAAGGACACUGUGGGGCACGCCUUGGUGCACUUCUUAGACUCCAAUCUGCUGCAUGCGGGGCGGCGGCAGCCCGUGAGAUUUGUAGAAGACGAAGAGCUGGCCUAUGUGCUCACCCGCUACCGCCAACUGCAUGACUUGAUGCAUGCGCUGUUUGGCUUGGGCAUUAGUGUGGAGGCGGAAGUGGCUCUUAAACUUAUUGAGUUCCACCAAACCGGACUUCCUAUGACCUUUCUUGCUGCUGCAUUUGGCCCUCUUGCUGCUCCGCAUUUAAGAGUGCUGCUGUCUGCUGCUGCAGCAGAUGCAGCAAAGACAGGAGAAGGUCCUGCUGCUGCUGCUAAAGACACCCACGCGCUGACUGAGGCCCCGAACAGCCCGCUGCAGCUGCUGCUGCAGCAGCAGCAGCAGCAGCAGAAAGGGGAAGCAGCUGCUGCAGCAAACUCAGCAGCAGCAGCCAAAACGGACGCAGGAGCAGCAGCAGACGCAACAGCAGCAGCAGCAGCAGACGCAGCAGCAGCAGCAGCAGCAGCUGAGGAACCGCUGGUGCUGUACCCCCGUCAUGUGCUUCUUACAGAGCUGCUCCCUUGGGCAGACGCAGCAGGCAAAGCAAUGCGGCGUCGGGUGUACUGCAUGUUUGUCGAGGAGUGGCUAGACAAACCCCUGGUAAACCCUAAACCCUAA